GUACUUCGUGUGAGACUAAUCUUGAUGUUUGCCGAUCCAAUCCCUGUUUCAAUGGAGGAACCUGUGUUUCGAAUGGCAAUGGCUUUCACUGUACUUGUCCCUCAUUGAGUAAUUGCACGAUGGAAGCAAAGCCAGGAAGUUUUGUUGUUGCUGAUGAUAAAAGUACAUUAACAGGAAAGAAAAGUCUAGAUUUAUGCAAACAAGAAUGUCUUGGAGAUGGACAAUGCAAAGCUUUAUAUCAUACCAGAGGGUUCUGCUAUAUCAUUAGACAAGAUGCUACUCCAGAGCAGUACACAACUGAUACCGCUUCAUACUUCUCCAAAUCCUGCCUAUACAAAUAUUUAUAUAGUGGUAACCAGUGUGAGACAGACUUAGAAGAUAAGUGUACACCAAACACUUGUAGUUCUCAUGGAAUGUGUCAGGACAGAGCGGGAGAGCACCCUGUCUGUCUGUGCCCUGUUGUUGGGGAGUACUCCCAACCAAGAUGUGACUUGGUAAGGAAUCUGUGCGAUCCUAACCCUUGUCUACAUGGGGCUGAAUGUCGCUCAUGGGGUGCUGUCAGGAUACAAUGUAUCUGUAAACCUGGCUACUCAGGAGUGGAUUGUUCUGUUGAUAUAGGUAACCUGAGUAAACUCAGGUGA